UCAUUACAUAUAUAACGAAUUUCCAACGCAAAACAAUACAGAACUUAGUUCGCUUCCUUGGGUGCUACAUAUCAUAGUCGACACCAGAGCUCGUCAGUUCUGCCCAAAAACCGCAACCAUGUAUUUUCACUCCGCCUUCUACAUUUUUGGGAUGACUCUCGUUUUCGUCCAAUGUCAUCAUCACCGUGAAGGAGAUUUUCACAAACAUAAAAGCGUCCGCUGUGAGCAUGUUCGGUCUGCAAUGAAUUCGGCAAUGAAGAUGGCUAGGCCAAUGCCACGCGAUAUGCCAGUCCAGCUAAAGUCUCAAGCAGGACAUACGUUCAAACCAGACACCGUUUACAUCCCGCAAUGCACCGGAAGUUGCAAAUACGGCGAGUCUUCUAUGCCGAUGAAAACUGCGAAAAGACCAGUUCAUGUGAUGAUGACGACGCCGAAUGGAUUGGAAUGUGGAAUUGUCGAACUCGAGGAGCACAAAACGUGCAAAUGCGGCUGUCUGAAGAAACCUGAAGAUUGUAUAGCGCGGCAGUGGUGGGACGCGAGAGAGUGCGCGUGUAAAUGUAAAAAUGAACAUGAAAAAGUGGAGUGUAAUAAAGAAAAUAUGUUCUGGAACCCGAAUACUUGCCAAUGCGAAUGCACCUACAUGAGCAUGGAAUGUACGAGUGGUUCCAAAUGGAACCGGCAAGAUUGCAAAUGUAUGGAAAUCCCGCAAUAACUACUUCGGUCGAAGAAAGUCGCCAGUUUCACAACAACACCUAUCAAGUCAACAAGUGACAAUCUAUCUCGGUCAACCCUGGUGGACAUAUUUUUGUGGUACUUCUAUCCGAAUUAUUUUCUGCAGAGGAUCGGAAGCUGUGAAGCCGUAAAUUGCUCACUGGCUUGAAGUGAUUUGCUGGCAGAUAUUUUUAGUUAUCACAAUUUUGUUACAGACAUUCUACUUAUUCUUACAUUAUUUGAUCUCGGACUCAACUUCUCAUUGUCAGUAUAAAUAUAUUAAUUGUCAGUAUCUUUUUUCGCAUCAACAUGUGUAUACAUUCAGAUAUUUCCUAUUAUUCAGAUAAUAAAAGAAAAUCAAAAUGAA